GUUUACAUUGGAAUUGGAAUUGCACUCAACAAACAGAAUGUUGUUGUUUAUUUUAUUUGGGAGACACAUAUAUUUACUUAUACUAUGAUUUUAAAAUAGAAGACUGAACCUAUUCAAAACAACAAAGUUGUAAGGACAUACAGCACGAGCAUAAUUCAAAUUAUGAGAAGCACGUUGUAGGGUUUGGGAAUAAAAUUGUAAUAUGGGAGAAAAAUAAGAUAUAAUAAUAAAAAAUAACACAAAUAUGAUUACUAUUUAAAAAGAGCCCAUUCAGAGAAAUGUGGUAAAAUAAACAAUCUGUGGUCAUAAUAAAACCUAAUUUAUUCAUACAAAAAAGUUUUUGGUGCUUACAAACAAAAUAUUCAUGUUUUAUUUUUCCCUAUGUCCCUUUUGGAUCCAUAAAUUAAGAGCAGCAGGUUCUAACUCAGUCCAGACCAGAGGUACACAAAUAUAAAUCUUAAAGGCCCACAAAGAAUUUUAGUCGCAGUUCUAUUUAUUGAGGUCGAUCAGAUAACAUGCCAUUAUGCCAUAAUAUUUGAAGCAGCUUUUUUCCAUUCAAAACAACAACAUAAAUAGAACUUAAAAUGUAAUGUACUUUUGUUCCAUAGAUAAAACCUAUAUUUAAUUUGACCAAAUUAAGACUAAUGUCCAUCAUCUUAAAUCUCAUCUCUGAAGAGAAAUUCAUUUCCAAGCUUCAUUUAGACAUUUAUUGAAGUAUUUUCAAUCUACAUUAAUUAAUAACAUCAAUCUAAUCUUUACAGACAAGAUAGCGCACAUGCGGUUCUUUUCAGCAUACACAAGAGGUCAGUAUUAAUCUGUUUUCCAACAAGACCUGAGAGGUGAAGUUAGGCGUGAAAGGCCAUUGAAGGGACAAAGUCAUAAAGAUUGAUAUGCCUGUAAACAGGCUGAUAAGAUUAAAGGAGUUCCACUUUCAGCAGGCUGCUUUUUACAAUUUAUUCUCACUUCAAUCAAUGACAAUUUGCCUACCGCUGGUCAAUGUACAUUAAUGUGGCAAAAUAUGUGAAAAGGCACCAGUGUAAUAUGAGAAGACCUGACUGUGCUCCUUGGAGACAAUGCCAAGAAAACCUUCAGAUGCUGAUAACAGUUUUCUUGGAAGUAGCUGUUACACGCCGUGACUCCUCCUCAAUGAUGACCAUGUGAUCGAGGUAAAUCUCAUCCCACCAUGAGAGGAAGGACAACUUGUAUAUUCUCACCUUUCAGGGAGCAGAGUGCAAGAUUAGUAGGCUAUCAAAGAGAGGCGGAGAGAAAUUUCAAAACUAAAGGGGUUGUGUGCUGAAAAUUCCAAUCGCGAAUACAACAGAUUGCAAUGCUGGAAAUACAGAAUAGAGAACACACAGAGAUGGUGUCUGACCGGGAACAAUGCAAAAAAAUAUCUCAUUCCAUUGAGGAGAUUCUUAAAAAGCCCUCUUGCACCAGAGAAAAGGAAAAGGUUCAUCGCAACUGGUCUGUCAUCAAGGAGAACACCAGGAUAUCAAAACAGCUGGUAGACGAAGAAGGUCCAGAUAUCAAGCGACGUGAAGAGUCUCCAAAAUCCACUGCAGACUGCAUUAGUGGGAGAAAAAAAAGACAAAGCAGGGUCACUUUUACACCGUCCCAAGUGCAGGCAAUGGAGAAGGUCUUCCAGCAGACGCACUACCCAGAUGUUAACACCAGAGAGCAGCUGGCCUCAUGUCUGCUUCUCAGUGAGGGUCGCAUACAGAUUUGGUUUCAGAACCGUCGGGCCAGAUGGAGGAAGACUGAAACACAGAAAGAUAUUCAGCAACCGGACGGACAGCAUACGCACUCGCCCAAUAAUUGCCAGUUAUUUUACGAGAAACCACGGCUGGAGGCAAUGUGUUGGCCGCCAUGUUGCUCGCAGGAGUCGUUGCAUUCAAGAUUGCUCCUCACAGUAAAUUCACCUCCCAGUAUGCUGAGCAACAUACAUUUCACACAUCACAUGUAUUUUAACCCUAUGAUAGCGACCUCUAUUCUUGCAAAUGAUGACACGACUGGAUUGUGACAGUAACAUCACUUUUCUUAUUCAGGACUUUUUGGUUAGUAACAAAACUCAUUUCCAACUUGAUGUGCUUGCCUUGUAUGUACAAUAAAUGUCCUCUUUAAAGAAUAGACAAUGUAGCCUUAAGUUGUGUGUGUCUAUUACAGAUCACACAUCAAGGCUACAACAUUAUUUUAUUUUGUACUGAAUUAUUGUUUAGAAGAUAUGUUAUUUUUAUAACACCACAUUCCUUUGUCUGAGAUAAGAUUAUGUGCCGCCUGUGAGUGUUCAUCAGUUUGACUUUCUAACUGCUGGCCUUUAUCUUAAUUUGUACUUGUAAACUGAGGUUGCUCACAGGUCAGAUGGAUGAGUUGGAAAAAUGUGAAUGUGCAACUGUGCAACCCAAUAAAAUCUAUGGCAACGAAAAACAA